AUGCUUAUUCAGUCUCAUCCUAUUGAUCAAGAUCUUGCUAGAAGAGAAAUAGAUUAUGUUGCUGAGUAUGUAAAGCUAGCAAAGUAUGAGGAAUCUUCUCUUAAACAACAAUCUGGAGUUAAAUGGUUAAAUUUUGGAGAUUCCAAUACUUCUUUUUUCCAUAAUUCUCUCAAAGAAAGAAGAUCUAGGAAUAACAUUUUAUUUCUCUAUAAUAAUGAAAACGUUAAAGUCUCUGAGGACAAGGAUAUUGCAAAUGAAUGUGUUUUUUAUUAUUCUCAUCUAUUUGGUAGUGACCUUGAGGAUAAUGGAAAUGAUGAUUUCUUAAGUUUAAGGGCCAGAUGGUUUUUCAAGCCAUUUUUCAAGACUAUCUGGUCCAUUGUUGGUGAUGAUUUGGUUGCAGCUGUUCAAAAUUUUUUCACUAAAUCUAAGCUCUUAAAGGAAGUUAAUAGCACAUUUAUCACUUUAACUGCAAAGAAUAAGAAUCCUUCAGUUGUUUCAGAUUACAUGCCAAUAUCUUGUUGUAAUGUUAUCUACAAGUGCAUUACUAAAAUUAUUUCUCUUAGAAUGAAGAAGAUCUUAGGGGGUCUUAUUAGCCAGAACCAAUCAGCUUUUAUUUCUGGUAGAAGUAUUCAAGAUAACAUUAUGUUGGCUCAUGAAUUGGUUAGGAACUAUCACAGAUCAACAGGGUCUCCUAGAUGUGCUCUAAAAAUAGACUUGAGAAAGGCUUAUGACACUUUUUUUUGGAGCUUAAAGAGGACUGAGACAAGGUUGUCCAAUUUCUCAAUAUUUGUUUGUGCUUGCAAUGGAGAUGUUAAGUGCUACUCUUCUCAAACAGGUGCAGAUGCAAAAUUUUGGUUUCCACCCAAGGUGCAAGCUUACAAGCUCACACACUUGUGUUUUGCUGAUGAUAUUAUGUUGUUCUUGAAAGGUACUUCUUCAGCUGCUUCUAGUAUUAAGAAUGCUUUGAAUGAGUUUAGUUUAUGUACUGGUCUUGAAUUGAAUAAUCAAAAAACUUCCUUAUUUUAUUCUGCUAUUGAAAAUGACAUCUUACAACAAAUUAUUAAUAUUCUAGAUUGCUCUAUGGGGGAACUACCUAAAAGAUUUCUAUGGUCUGGUGCUGAAAUGAAAAAGAGCUAUAAUCCAAUCUGUUGGACAUAUUUGUCUCAUGCUUAUGAGGAAGGUGUCCUUGGAGUUAAAAGUUUGGAGUAUACAAAUGUUGCUGCUAACCUUAGGCACAUCUGGGAUCUAAAAUCUGGGAAAGAGACUAUAUGGACUAAUUGGGUCAAAAGCAAUCUUAUUAAACACCAUUAUUUCUGGACAAUGCAUGUCCCUCAGGAUUUUUCUUGGUGUUGGAGAAGAAUUUUGGAGCAUAAAGACUUAGCAAAGAAGCAUAUCGGUAUUCUGUUAGGUGAUGGAAAUAAUACUAGAUUCUUACAUGAUAACUGGCACUCAAAAGGAAGAUUAGUGGACUGGGUGGACUCAAAUACUUUGGAGACUAUUGGUGCUACUCAUACUACUAAAGUUGCUGAGUUUAUUUCAAAUGAGAAUUGGAAUUUACCUUCUUACAUAGAAGACAAUGUUCAAGAUAUGGUGCAGCAAAUUACUACUGCAGACUUUAACAUUCAUGAAAGUGAUCAAUAUUUUUGGAAGUCUAGCAUUACAGGUCAGUUUUCUAUGAAACAUACAUACCUAGCUAUUUCUGAUCAUUUACGCUCCCUUCCCUGGAAUUGUCUUGUUUGGUUUAAAAAGCACAUCCCCGUACAUUCCUUCAUUGCCUGUCUUGCUCUUCAUAGAAGACUCAAAACUAGAAGUAAAUUGCUUAGUUGGGGUGUUAUUUCUGAUGCUUCAUGUGUUUUAUGUGGAGAAGAGGGGGAGACAGGUCAUGACAGUGUUGAUAUCAUCAAAAGACUGGUUCUUAAUGGUUUUAUCUACCACAUUUUGAGAGAAAGAAAUAAUAGAAUCUUUAGAUCUUCUUUUAAUUCUCAGGACCAAGUUAGUCUUCUAAUUUUCCAAGAUGUGAGGUUUGAAAUGUCCACUUCUAUAUGCAUGGAGGAGGAUAAUGUACACUUAAGAUGGUUUAUGAGCAGAUGGAGAAUUAAUUUCUUAUUCAUCCAACCAGAUAUUAUUGAGUGUACUUGGCUUGCACCUGCAAAUGAUAAAAUAAUAAUCAAUACUAAUGGGUCAAAGUCUGAUGAUGCUGGGAGUUUUGGUGCCAUUCUUAGAGAUCAUAAUGCUGAAGUUCUGAGUGCUGCUAGUGGUGAUAGUCCACCUAUUUCUGUCUUGGCUCAUGAAAGGCAUGGAGUGGAACUGGGGUUGAAGAUGGCUAUAAAGUUUGAUAAACUCAGAGUUCACAUUGAUGAGUACUAA